CAGUUGUUGUACUCAAUUCAUAUUAUAGUGAAAAGUGUAAUCCGAGAGGAUCGUGGUUUUCCUCUAGAUAAGAGGGGUUUCCACUCAAUAAAUAUUGUGUGUUGCUUCUCUUUAAUUUUUUUCUGCACAUUUUUGUUCAUCCCAUAGUCCCAGAUCUUAUCUGUUGAGAGAGUUGUGUUGUUUGAGGGUAAUUUUUCCCAAUAAUCAGUGAGGGCAUUUUAGAGUAAUGGAUUAUUAUAAUAGUGUUUGUGACUUGUGAGAAGUUUUUGGUUCGGCAUAAGAAAAAAAUACCAUUGUUGGGGUUGCUUUGAGCUGAAAGCCUACUGAUCCAAGAACUUGAGAAAAUGAAGAUUGAAAGACCAAGUAUAUAUGAGGAAUCCUCACUAGUAUUGCUACACUAUAAUAUGUGCCCAUGUUCAAACCUUUUGUGGGUGUGUUUUUUCUUCUGUGUUGUAGAAAACUUCAUUCGUAAUGCUCUGCCAUAAUAAUGUGCUUCUAAAGUGCUCUCUCUAUCAUUUGGAAUGUUUAACAAUCACAUCACUUUUGACUUUAUUUAUGUUGAAUUUCUAAUUAUGCUGGUCAUCUUAACAGUCAAUGUCAUAUGCAAAGCUUGCUGGGCUUCAACCAAUAUAUGGUCUUUAUUCUGGUUUUGUCCCCAUAUUUGUUUAUGCCAUUUUUGGGUCGUCUCGCCAACUCGCAAUUGGUCCAGUUGCGUUAACAUCCUUGCUGGUGUCAAAUGUCUUGAGUGGAAUAACAGACCCAUCAGACAAGUUAUACACGGAACUUGCUAUACUCUUAGCCCUCCUGGUUGGCAUUCUAGAAUGCAUUAUGGGGCUCUUGAGGCUUGGAUGGCUUCUUCGUUUCAUCAGUCACUCUGUCAUUUCUGGUUUUACUACAGCCUCUGCUGUUGUUAUUGCUUUGUCCCAAGCAAAAUACUUCCUAGGCUAUGAUAUAGAACGGAGCAGCAAAAUUAUUCCACUUAUCAAGAGUAUAAUAUCUGGAGCAGAUAAGUUUUCCUGGCCACCUCUUGUGAUGGGCUCACUUAUGCUAGCUAUUCUUCUUACCAUGAAACACUUGGGGAAAUCGAGAAAGAACUUGCGGUUUGUACAAGCUGCUGGUCCUCUUACGGCUCUUGUUCUGGGUACAAUCUUUGUCAAAAUAUUUCACCCGACUUCAAUUUCAUUGGUAGGAGCGAUACCACAGGGGCUACCACAAUUAUCUGUUCCCAAAGCAUUUGAACAUAUAAAGUUUUUGAUUUCAACGACAAUUCUUAUUACUGGUGUUGCCAUCUUGGAGUCUGUAGGCAUUGCUAAAGCUUUGGCUGCAAAGAAUGGGUAUGAUUUGGAUUCAAAUCAGGAGCUAUUUGGUCUUGGCGUGGCCAACAUUUGUGGCUCUUUCUUCUCGUCAUACCCUACAACAGGCUCUUUUUCUAGGUCUGCUGUCAAUCAUGAAAGUGGAGCAAAAACAGGCUUAUCUGGGUUCGUGAUGGGAAUUAUCAUGUGCUGUGCUCUUUUAUUUUUGACUCCAUUAUUUGAAUGCGUACCUCAGUGUACUCUAGCUGCUAUUGUGAUAUCUGCUGUAAUUGGGCUGGUAGAUUACGAUGAGGUUAUAUUUUUAUGGCAUGUUGACAAGAAAGAUUUUCUCCUCUGGAUAAUCACUUGUGCUACAACUUUGUUCCUUGGUAUAGAGAUUGGCGUCCUUAUUGGGGUUGGUGUUUCACUUGCAUUUGUUAUCCACGAGUCAGCAAAUCCACAUAUAGCUGUCCUGGGCCGUCUUCCCGGCACGACUGUGUAUCGAAACAUUCAACAAUAUCCUGAAGCAUACACGUAUAACGGGAUUGUGGUUGUUCGAGUUGAUGCUCCUAUUUACUUUGCCAACAUUAGUUACAUCAAGGACAGGUUACGGGAAUAUGAGAUUACAAACGAUGGAUCCUCACACCAUGGGCCAGAAGUAUCAAGAGUUUACUUUGUGAUUGUUGAGAUGGCCCCUGUUACGUAUAUAGACGCCAGUGCUGUUCAAGCUUUGAAAGACCUCUAUCAAGAAUACAAAUCAAGGGACAUUCAGCUAGCCAUUUCCAAUCCAAACCAAGAAGUUCUGCUAACUCUAGCUAAAUCUGGCGUGGUUGAUCUAAUCGGCAAGGAGUGGUACUUCGUCAGAGUUCACGAUGCCGUCCAAGUUUGUCUCCAUCACGUACACAGCUUAAACGAUUUCCCCAAGACACAAGAAGUAUCAUCAUUAGAGAACACCACAAGUGCCUUCCAAAGGCUGCCGAAGCAGCGAAAAGAAGAAUUCUCAAUCCCCGAGCUUGAGUCAGGCGACCAAAGUCCUCUUGCAUCCGGUUUUGCAGACCCUAAGCUAGAGCCGCUGCUCUCACAGAAUUAAACCGGUACUCCUUGCCAUUGUCUGCUCUCUCGUAGUAAGAUUCUUAUUCUUUUCUUGGUAAAAAAAAUUAUGGAUAAAAAAUAAUCUGCACUUCACCUCACACAAAAUGUAUAGCUCCCGGAAAGACAACUAAAAAUAGUGUCAAAUUUUCACGGAAACUUUAUAUUGACACGGAGGGAAUGCCUCUAAAUGGUCAUUUUUAGCUAUACUCGUGGAAAUAUUCUGUUCAAGAUUUCUACAUGAGAUGAAAUAAUCACUAGUCGGGGCACCACCUCGCACCUAAUGCGACCCCACCCUCUUGCUUUAGCUGGUGAAAUGAUGCAGAUUUCUUGCAUUCUACCAUGCAAAACUACAGGUACUUUUAUUUGCAUAUUUUUGUCUUACACUUGUGUUGUGCAUCCUGUAUGCUUAGAUUGGGUUUCGUUGAAUUUAUUUUGCCUUGUAAAUAGGCUAGCUAUGUGAUUAUAUCAUUAUAAUAUGAAGCAACUCAUUUUCUACUAAAUGAUAUUUCUUGCUCGUGUAAUGCCGAGGAAUAAUUCUAAUCCAUUCUCUAUGUGAAUCAAUCUAUUCUCUCUGUCCCACAUUGUUUUUCUCAUUUUUCUAUUUGAGCUUUUGGAAGUAAAUAAUUUGUACUCUAAUCUGGUACUAAUAAAUAAACUCAUCUUCUUAUUAGUGUCAUCUUAAAAUUUGUAUUUUCUUCUUUCACAUUAAUGAAUAAGAAUGGGCUACUUGAGUGAUGCUCGCUAGUUAAGCUUAAUUCGCUGGACUCUGUAAUCAAAGAUUUUGGGUAUC